AUGGAUAAUGGUGAAAAAAAUCAUAGGACGUGGUUAGUUUAUUCACAAAAAGCAAACAAAGUUUUUUGUUUUUGUUGUAAACUUUUUUGUUUAAAUCCUAUUAUUUUGGCUCAAAAUGGUGGUAAUGAUUGGCGCCAUAUUUCACGAAUCUUAAAAAGACACGAAAAAAGUCUUGAUCAUUUUAACUGCUACAGCAAGUGGGUGGAUCUGAAAAACAGAUUUCAAAAAGGCACUUUAAUUGAUAAAAUUUUGGAUAAAAACUUAAUUAAAGAAGUAGAACAUUGGGAUAACGUAAUGAGAAGAUUAAUUUCUCUAACUAUUAUGAUGGCAAAGCAAAAUAUGCCUCUCAGAGGCUCUUGUGACAAAGUCUAUCAUAAUAAUAAUGGAAACUUUUUAAAAAUUUAUAAUUUUUGGCUGAAUUUGAUCCAGUUAUGGAAAAAUAUUUGUUUAGAGCAAAAAAAAAAAAAAACAAAUUAUGUGCACUAUUUGGCAAAAGAUAUUCAGAAUGAACUCAUUAACUUGAUUGGCAAAUCCAUUAAAUUUAAAAUUUUCUCAAAUGUCCAAAAGUCCGUGUAUUUUUCAAUUAUUGUUGAUUGUACACUAGAUAUCAGUCACCAGGAGCAAAUGUCAGAGCUGGUACGAUACGUUGAUGUAGAGGAUAAGAACGAAAUUCACAUUAAUGAAAGUUUUAUUGGUUUUCAUUUAAUUGAAGGUUCGACAGGACUAGAUUUAUCAAAUAAGAUUAUUGACUCUCUGGUAAAAAAUAAUUUGUCGGUAGAAAAAAUAAGAGGUCAGUGCUAUGACAAUGGUGCAAAUAUGAAAGGCGUAAGAAAUGGUGUACAGGCUUUUAUUCUAAAAACAAACAACCGAGCGGUUUAUAUUCCAUGCUGCAGUCAUACAUUAAAUCUGGCAGUUGUUGAUUCUGUGAGAUGUUCACCUAAAAUUGUCAUAUGGUUAAUUUUGCAAUCAAAGUGUCCAUCUUUAACAGUUAAACCGUUAAGUGAUACAAGAUGGGAAAACCACACCAAUGCUGUAAAAACACUUCGAUUUGAAAUGCCAAAAAUUUAUGAAGCACUGCAAGAUGCGGCUAAGACCGCUAAUGAAACAAUUGCAAAAAUCACAGCAGAGUCUAUUGCUUUAAAAAUAACAAGCUUCGAUUUUUUGUGUUCGAUCGUAAUUUGGCAUAAAGUUUUAUUCGAAAUUAAUAUGACUAGCAAACAACUUCAAGCAGCUUCAACGAAUAUUUCAGAGGCUUUAAAAGCAAUGGAAAGAACGAUUAAUUUUUUUAAGGAAAAUUACAAACAGGAAAAAUUUGACUCGGUUGUGUGUAUUGCUUCUUUUUUAAAGGUGAAAGAAAGUUUUGCAUCAGAAUCUGCUUCAAGAGUAGAAACACUAAAGGUUGCUUUGGUAUCACUUGAAGAAUCUUAG